AUGGCCACAACCAGUGGAACCCAGAGAGCCCAGCUGGGUAACUUGGACAAUCGUGCAGAUCUUUUUGGUGGCCCCAAUCUCACUGUGCCUCCUAAACAUUUCAUGGCUUCUCCUUCAUAUAUCCCCAAAUUAUCUGAGAAGGUGUUCCACGAACAAUCUUCAUCUACCGAGUCUUCCCCAAUCAAUACCCCAAUGCACCACCCGCCCUCCGUCACCACCGAUGACUUUGCCCUGGCAUUCGACAUAGAUGGCGUCCUCAUGAAGGGCGGACAGCCCAUCCCUGAGGCCGUCGAGGCUAUGAAGUAUAUCAAUGGCGAAAACCCCUAUGGAGUCAAAGUUCCUUACAUCUUCUUGACCAACGGUGGCGGCAAAACCGAAAAGGAGCGCUGCCUGGACCUUAGCCGCCAACUUGAGCUGGAUGUCGACCCCGGCCAGUUCAUUUGCGGCCAUACCCCCAUGCGCGAAAUGGCAGAGCGCUACGGUACCGUCCUCGUCGUCGGUGGCGAGGGAGAGAAAUGCCGUGUCGUGGCCGAGGGAUACGGAUUCAAAGACGUGAUCACACCAGGCGAUAUCAUCAAGACCCGACACGAUACCACACCGUUCCGAACUUUGACCGACGAAGAGCAUGACAACUCCCGGCUACUAGACUUGGACAACACCCGAAUCGAAGCUAUAUUUGUCUUCGCGGACAGUCGCGACUGGGCUGGCGACCAGCAGAUUAUUCUGGAUUGUCUCAUGACAAAAGACGGGUGGCUGAAUACCCGUUCCCAAAUAUUCACCGAGGGACCUCCGGUCUUCUUUUCACACACAGACGUCGUUUGGUCCACAUCUCAUGACUACUCACGUCUUGGAAUGGGAGCCUUGCGCGCUUCACUCGAAGCAGUAUACUCUGCUAUCACCGGAAAAGAUCUGAACACAAUUGCUUUUGGCAAGCCCCAAAUUGGAACAUACCAAUUCGCUACCAGGCUUCUAAAGCAGUGGCGCAAGGAUUCCUGUGAUAUUGACCGGUCGCCAUCUACCGUGUACUUCAUUGGCGACACGCCCGAGUCCGAUAUUCGGGGCACGAACGAAUUCAACGAUACUACAGACAACGACUGGUACUCUAUUCUUGUCAAGACGGGUGUCUAUCAAGACGGCGAUAAGCCGCGCUUCCCACCCAGGAAGACUGUUGACACUGUCUUAGACGCUGUGAAGUUCGCCUUUGAGCGCGAACACAAGAAGACUGCCAAGGGCGAAAUUGUCUCCGAGCUCGACUAUGAUACCAGCGAGCAAGUUUCUAACUGA